GGGCAGGUCGGCCAGCCCGUGGUUCGCCCUCCCGUCAUCCCGUGGACUGUCCGCAGUGUGGGAAAACAUUCAGCUCAUCUAGUUCCCUCGCCAAGCACAGGUCCACGCAUAGUGAGGAACGCAAGUAUGUCUGCCAGAUCUGUGGCAAGGCCUUCAAGAGACAAGACCACUUAAAUGGCCACAUUAACACCCAUCGUGAGAGGAAGCCGUUCCCAUGCAUGGUUCCAGGCUGUGACAAGAGCUACUGUGACACCCGCUCCCUCCGCCGGCACUUUGAGCUGCACCACAGCGAGCUGGGGCCCUUCUACCUGCCCUCCCCUCCGUCUCCCCAGCAGGCCAUGACUGCCAUGACCAGGGGAGUGCCUCCUGCUGCCAGUUCCAUGCCUCCCCCAUCCACCAGCCGAGACCCUCAGCCCUCCUACAGCCAGGCAGGAGAGGUGGCGUCGCCCAGCACUGAGAUAUCGGUACCCAGACCUCCUGAAGAGGCUGCAGUGACAAGCAGCCAGGCUCAGCAGAGAUCUCACGGAGAGGCAAUGCAGUCUCUUGCCCAGUUUGCAAGGAGAGCACAGCAGCAGCAGCCGCAGCCGCAGCCUCCGGUGUACCAGGAACGUCCCCCGCAGCCGGGAGCUCCGUACAGCGGCUGGGCCCUGCAAGACCAACCCACCAGCGGGACUCAGCCACGAUACACUGUCAACUUGGACAGUUUCUUUGCUUCCCAGCUGGUAGCAGCAGCCAACGGUGGCUCCACACAAAUGGUUCUCCCUCAGCAAGUGUUCUCGCAGGCACCACCGGCAUAUAUGCCACCUACAAGCCAAGCUACAAGCCACACACAGAUGGCACAGGCACAGAUAACACAGGCAGCAAACCAAGCUCACAGGGUUCAGGGUGUGAGCCAGGCACAGGUGGUUCAAGGUGCAAACCAGGUGCAGAUGAUCCAGGCUGCAAACCAGGCGCAAAUGGCUCGAGGAGCAAACCAGACCCAUGCAGUUCAGUCAGGAAUGCAAAUACAGAUGUCUCAAGCCACAGACCAGGCACAAAUGCAGAUGGGUCAAGCAGCAAACCAGAGGCAGAUGGCCCAAGCCGUGAGCCAAGCACAGAUGGCUCAGGCUACAACAGAGGUGCAGUUGGGUCAAGUUGCAAACCAGGCACAUAUUUCGCAGGUAGAACAUCGGAUCACUCCAUCUGUAAGCCAGGCACAGAUGGCUCACAUUGCCAACCAGAUGCAAGUGUCCCAGACUGUUGGUCAGCCACAGAUAAAGCAGGAGUUAGGUGUGCAGGCUACAUCUCAACUGCAGUAUAAUCAGGCAGCAAACAAUGCACAGGUGGCCCAAAGACUUGCCCAGGCACAAGCAAAGGCUUUAGAUGACAAAAGACAGGUCCCAGCACCACCACCUGUGGGAUUCAGCGCAACACAAGGGGGCCCCUGGCAACAGUCUUUUCCGUACGAACUUCAAGCCUUGCUGACAAGUAACCAUAGUCAGUGGUCGAGGCAAGCCCCUGUCCCGGGAAGUAAGACGACUCUCCCAGCCCAGACGACUGCUGCGCCCCAGAAGCCUGUGGAGUGCCAGACCUGUGGUCGUCAGUUCCGCAGCCUCCCAGCCCUCAACGGACACAUGAGACUUCAUGGGGGUUAUGAGAAGAAUAAGAAGAAAGAUGCCUCCUCAGAAAGUCUGGCUGCACUGACCCAGACUGUGGCAGCUAUUGGGAACGAGGAGCGAGGAACCCCUGAGCAGCUGCCUGAGUCUGCCCACCCUGUGCUGCAGUCCCUGGUGAUGGGGACAGCUACUGUAGCAUCCCUGGCAGCCGGUCAUUCAGCAUCCAAUCCAGCUCUGCUACAUCACGGAGCUGGGGGAAACGAAUCAGGAGCUGUCCUGUCAGACUAUCUGUAUCCGUCAAAGGAAUCAAAACCAACCGUUAAGACUGAGAUACGUUUGCCCGAGACGACCACUCAUCUACCUGGCAGCUACUCGGCCCUGAAACGGCAACACCAUGUGGGCUCACAGAGAGGAGGAAGUAGCCAGUCAGACAGUGACGGGCCACCGGAGUUGGAAAGAAUGGACUUUCCAAACUACGAGGCGAGCAUUGUGAGACAGCAACCACAAUUGUCUCCCGUCACGUCCUCUACAGAUUCUACAAAGGAAAUAGCAAAUGUGGUUGCCUCACUGCUAGCUCAAGACUAUUCGAAUCAAGGCAGCUAUACCACUGUUGGCCCUUCUGCACUACAGCAACAGUCCCACAGCUCCAGCUCAGUUAGUUUCUCCCUACCCUUUACUUCUGCAGGACUUGCGGUUCCUGCAGGUGCAGCCACCAGCUACUCCAGUGAAGCUAGUACGAUUAUAUAUUCUGCCCAACCCGUCGUCAGAAGCCAGGCGUCUUCCACAGGAGAAGUGUGGAGAACGCCUGUCAUAUCAGUGUCUCCUGUUCUGCCCAAGAAGGCAAAGUCUGAAGCAGACACUAUGAGUCCUCAGGCUCCCGAGUCCUCCGCACCACCAGUGCCCCGCAAACGAAAACCUCCAGCGUUAAACAUUCCGGACAGUGUGAACGCCCACGUCGCUGUGGGACCCAUCGUGUACCAGUCGCACAUGAGGUCGCCUCGCGCCCUGAACGGGGACUUCAUCUUCACCCAGGCACAGGGGGCAGAGCCCCCAUACACGCCCCCGCCCAUGCUGAGCCCCAUCCGGGUCGGGUCGGGCCUGUACUUCAGCACGUUCUGCAAGAACGAGAACGAGAAGUUGCUGACUCCUGUGCCCAGACAACCCUCCACACCCUUCCUGAGUCCCAGUCCUAACUUACUCUUCAGCAGACAAUGGAGCUGGCAGGACGCAGGGGUCAGGCCAAAGGUCAACGUUGGGCCCAACUUCCAGGCAGAUUCCAGGCAGAUCCCAGAAUGCAAUAAAAACAAAGCAGAUGCUCUAAAGGAAGAAGAGAAAGCUGAGCUGGUGUUCCACCCGGAAUGUGUGGAGAAAUUGACUGAUAAGGAAGUGAGAGCAUACUUGGAAACAGCUUGUUCUAAAGUCGCCCCCCUGGGAGGGCGGAACAAGGAGUAUGCCUUCCACCUGUUGUACAGGUGUAACGGGGACAUCAUGACGGCAGUGCCUAAACUGAUGACAAAACCAGCCUUGCUUCCCAAGGAUUCUUUCAUGCAGACAUAUCACUAUUCAGGUUCGACUAGAUGGAACAAGAAGGACAAGGCCAACUUUGAGGAGGCCAUCAAGCAGUAUGGGAAGAGCUUCAGUGACUUCAAAGAAUUUCUCCCAAACAAGACUGUUGAUCAGUGUGUGGAGUUCUACUAUCGCUGGAAGCACACGACGGGGAAGAAAGACAAAGUCAUCCUGGGACGGACUCGGCUGCAGGCCAGGCGGGCGGAGGAAGCACAGUGGGGGCGAUCAAUAUCCUUUGACUCAGAAGUGGAGACUCCUAGAACCAUCUUACCACAGUUUGUCAGCCCUGACAGCAGCUUUGUCAAACCCUCGUCACCCACUCCUGAACCCAGCCACGUCUUCUGCUGCACAAUUGAAGGAUGUAAUGCGACUUUCCCUACAAGACAAGGGCUUAAUGGCCACACAAGAGUCCAUGGUGGCACCGGCAAUAAUAAUACAAACAGCAAAGAGAAACAGACAAACCUGACAACGAAAAGGUGA